UCUUAAAAUGUCUUAAAUUUUUAACUUGCCGCCUUAAACUGUAGGAACCCUGCAAAUUCUUCUACAAUUAGGUUUCAGUUUAAGGUGACAAAAUCAAACCAUAAGCAAUGAACAUAGAAUAUUUAGCAUAAUAUUUAACUUUUAAUUAACUAAUAUUAUUUUCUUGUUGAGCAUACAAGCCUUGUAAAACUGUCUUCAGGUUUUCCUACCUGUACAGGUAGGAAAUCACAGGUGUGUGAUCUGUAAUCAAGAAAUCUGUAAAACCUCAAGCUGCAGGUUCUCCACACCUGUUCCRUAUUCCCACUGGUUUUUAUAAUCAACUUUUACAACAUGUUUUCUCCAUGUGUUCACCUAAAGACCCCUCAUGCCAUUUGUGUCUUGUUCACAAGUUUCAUUUGCAGUUUUUAAGWAAAUGGGUGAUAAGAAAAACAAUUUUACGAUGUAUUGAGUGUAGAAGUUCAUUUUAAAAACGUGUUUCUUUUACGAUUAUAGAUUUAAAAGUACAUUGUUUGAUAUGACCUGCAUUGAAAUAUACUACUGGUAAUUAUAUUUUUUAGAGAAAAACUUCAAGAAUUAAUCAGACAAUUGUUGACUGUCAGAACUCUUUCAAACUGAAAAUGCACAUUUAAGGGUUGUUUAGCCACCGGUAGAUUUACGGAAAAACAAAUAGCUAAAUAUACCUUAAAGCAGAGGGCCAAAAUGAAAAUCUGAUGGCUGUGGGCCAAAUGCAGUUAUAUAAUACAUAAAAUACAAAUACUUCUUAAAUAAAGUCCUUUUAUUUAGCAGCCAGUGCGGUGGCCCACGUUUUUAACUGCACUACAACCCCUUAUAGUCAUUGAGCCAAUGAAUGGAAUGAAUUUAAGUGGAAAUGCUUUUUCUCCAUAGGACAACAGGUUACAACCCAGUAACCAAGUCAACUGCUGGUGGGCCAGUUUUGCCCCGCAGGUCCCACUUUGGGCACCAGAAAAAGCUUCACGGAUGUCUUAACUCUUCCAAGCUGUCAGUGAUAUGAUUUUAAAAGUUACCUCAAAAUUUGGGGAAAAACAUUCCUACAAACAAUGCAGCGCAAUCAUUAAUUUGAAGCGAAGACCUGAAURACUUUUGGAAAACAAAACCGGGCCACCAGCAUCUCCAUCACUUGUCCUUGUCUCUACAGAACAUCAAUGCACUCUAGCGUUUCUGCGUAAUAUUCAAGGACAGCUGAGCCAWAGUGAGCUAAACUUCCUUCAUAUUUUCUUUGAGUUCAGAGAAUGAAUGGCAGAGGCCCCAUGGAAGGGAAGUAAGUCGRUUUUCAUCCUGCCUGGCCCAGCCACUGUAAAUAUCUGAGUUGGUUUWAAAAAAAAGGAACAUGGUAGAGAAAAAAUGUAAACUAUUUGGGUCACUGCACAGUCCUACAAAACAUGGGUCAUGUCCUUUAUACUCUCCCCAAUCUAAUGAAGAGCUCUGUCAUGAAAUGGAAAGUAAAGUGGAACUGGUUAAUUUUUGGUUCCUUGCAAAAUAUCUUCCUUUUCCAUUAGCUAUCCAUCAGCUGUGUCUAAGUGAAAAGAUUUUGAAAAACUGGUCUAUUAAAAAUGUGAAAUGCAGUCAAACUUUUUAAUUUAGACUUAAUCCUCCCWACACCUCUGUUCAUUGGAUACUCUGACCCCUUUACGAAUUUUAGUUGCAGUUAAAUAUACAUGACAGCCUAAUUCUAAAACAUAUAUAUGUGAUAUAUUAAUCACAAAGCURAUAAAUGUCCACUUUUUCUGAAAACUAUAUAAGUAGUUGUUCCUUGCACAGUUUGAGAUCUGUUUCCUUUGACAUGUUAUUCCAAAGAUACAUGCCCUCCAGUGACGGGGAUCAAACUGCCUGCUACACAUUGGUUUGACAACAUGAUGAUUUACAUAUAUUUUUUUUCUUUUUCUCUUCUUCUGACAUCAGUUUGCGCACGGCGUGCUGUGUGCCAAGAGCAGGGAGGCUGGAACAUCGCCAAAAAAGCAGCAGCUCCUCCAAUAAAGAAAUAAAGCAGCUCUCCACUGGAAACUUCACCCGAGCAGCUGAGGAAGAAAAGGUUGUUUGAACUCUGAGCGGUCUACUGUAGUCUGACAGAACAACCCAGACAGCCUAAGGUGUCAGAAUGACCCACUCUGCUGUGGCUUGGCUCCUCGUCCCUUUCCUCCUCCUGUUCUGUGUCACGGACACGUUUUCCCUCUUCCUGCCCGACUCCAAGGAACUGAGGGAACUGCUGAGCCGCUACGAGCAGGGAGACGACCGGACCGGCGUGAACAGCCCAGCUGGGAACAGGACUCGGCGAGCCAUUCUCUGGUCAGACCGCGAAGAGAUCCUGCAGCUGCACAACAAGCUGAGAGGCAGCGUUUACCCCGCAGCCUCCGACAUGGAGUACAUGAUACCGCUCACCUGCCUUCCAUGUCCAGGCCUGGUAUGAUGAAGUGAAAGAUUACACCUAUCCCUACGCUCACGAGUGCAACCCGUGGUGCCCAGAACGCUGCUCCGGGCCCAUGUGUACCCACUACACACAGCUGGUCUGGGCAACCACCAGCCGAGUGGGCUGUGCUGUGCACGUGUGUCCAGCGAUGAACGUGUGGGGAGAAAUCUGGGAGAACGCUGUGUACCUUGUGUGCAACUACUCCCCAAAAGGAAACUGGAUUGGAGAGGCCCCAUAUAAACAUGGCCGACCUUGUUCCCAAUGUCCUCCCAGCUAUGGAGGAGGAUGCAGAAACAACUUGUGCUACAAAGACUCUCAGCGCUCAGAGACGGAGGACAUGAAUGAGGUGGAGAAGCCUCAAGUACCACUCUCACCUCGUACCACCUCCAGACCAGUUCCCAAAACUCCCAGGAAACCUGUGCCCAAACCCUCCACAACACGACCUGCUGUACCCAGGACAUCACCUGCAAAAACUCCAAGCAACCCCUAUCUUGCUCACAACAUUAAGUGUGAGACCAGACUGAGAGAUAAGUGCAAAGGGGUUACCUGCAACAGACACAGAUGUCCUGCGAAUUGUCUGAAYAAGAAAGCAAAAGUUUGGGGAAGUGGUGUUUAUGAUGCGCAAUCAAGUGUUUGCCGAGCUGCUAUCCACGCUGGGAUUAUUGACAACAACGGGGGCCUGGUUGACGUCACAAGAACAGACAGGUCUCCAUUCUUUGUCAGAUCCACAAAGAAUGGAAUUGAGUCUUUGAGUAAAUAUAAACCUGGAAACUCCUUUGUGUUGGCCAAAGUACAAGAAUAUACUGCUGAUUGUUACACCACAGUUGCUGAAAUCUGCCCUUUCAAAAGACCCUCUUCACACUGUCCAAGAAUUUCCUGCCCAGCCAACUGUAACAGUCAGCCUUCAUAUUGGUCACCUGUAGUUGGAAACAACAUCUAUGCAGACAGCUCCAGCAUCUGUAAAGCAGCCAUCCAUGCCGGGGUAAUUAAAACAGAUGGUGGUUUUGUUGAUGUUCUGCCACUAGAAAGGAGAAAAAGCUACACUGGAGUUCUGAAAAAUGACAUCCAAUCUGAAAGCAAAAGCAACACAGAUGGAGGCUCCUUCCGACUCUUUGCUGUGAAGAUAUGAUGAGACUGAAGAAGAACAGAUUCCUUUCAGCUGGUGGUGAGGAGGAAGCGAUGGUGCACACAGGUUGGACAUCAUACUGUAUCUGUUUGACUCUGUCUCAAUGGAGUCUUAGAAAACUGACAGACACUCUUAAUCAUUAAACAAUAGUCUCAAAAAAUUUUCAUUGCUCAAUCGGUCGAUAGUUUAAUACUUUUUUAACUUCUCUUUUCAUAAACAUGCAUUAUCUGUGAAUACGGAAUGGUUUUGUAUUUUUUUGAUGAACUGAACAGGUGGCGCUGGAAGCUUUAGUUAGAAACAAUUAUGUUUACAAAAAUGUUUUUAUUACAAAUAUAUGUUGUUUGUUAUACACAAGAAUGUAUACUGAUCACACUGUGUUUAAUCGUUUUGUACAGAUUGUAUAAUAUUUUGUUUGUUUUAAUGUUACAAUACAACAUAUUAAUUUUAUGUUUUAGGGGGAAAAAAGAGCCAUUUUUAAUGGACUGGUUUAUACAAUAGUUGUGUUCUGCUGUUGAACAUUAAGCUCAAAAGUUCCCCAACCGUUUGAAAUAAGUUCAAAAGUCAAACAACUUCUGAAACUUUAUUAGAUUUUGUACCUAUUUAUUAUGAUUAUUGCUUUUCAGACAAUCAUGGUGGGAAAGCUAUAGCUAUUAACAUUCAUUAAAAUUCUCUAGACACCCCAUUUUAGAGUUCACAGUGGGAACCCAACCACCUCUCUGUGAGCCACAGAUAUUUGUUUUCCAAGUCCUCAUAAUGUUAACAAAUAAAAAUACUGAAUUUAUGAGUGGAGGUGUUGAUGGAGCCUGUGGCACAGACACAAAAGUAGGAAGAAAGGGGUGUGAAAGUAUUGUUGGGAGGGGGAGUUUGUAAAAAUUGGAUCAGAGAACGAUGGUAGGAUCACAGAGUGGGUGCUUUUUGAAACGAACUGUAAAGUUUUGUUUUAUCGAUUUUAUUUCUAUAUUCUGCUUUUCAAAUUUUUCAUUUUUUAGUAAUUUUUUUGUCCUAAUUUUGUAAAUACGAAUGCAUUAUUACCCCUUUCCCCUCCCACCUAAGACAAUUGAAUGUGUUGAGUUUUGUUAGUUUUCCAACCCUGACGCCUGAGUUAUUAAAAUUUAAUGCUUACAAUUGAAGUUUGAUAGUAAUCUGAUCAAGAUAAAGCAAGACAGAUGAAAAAUAAGUAAAAAAAUGAAUAAAACUAGAAAACUGCCCCUUAGUUGUUGGGGUCUCUAAGGCACAAAGUAAUAAUAAACAUGCAUCAAGUCUACUUGUGUUGCAUCAAUUUUCCAAGAGCUUUUGAAGCACUGAUCUGAGAAGACACUAAAAAAACUCCACUUUUCAGAAUUUCUAAUCAAAAAUGUCUUUUGCAUAAUUAUUUUAUCCAUCUGUCUUGCUUUAAAACUUUUAAUUUUUCAGAGUUAUAUAACAGAAAAUAGUCUUAUUACGUGAGAAGUAUUAAUGAAAAAUGUUUUUGUAGGAUUAGCCUGUCCAGUUAUGAUCCAAAAGAACCAUUAACAUAUUUGUAUAUCUAUAAAUGCAGCUCUUUUUUGCCCCAUUUGUUCAUUUUCUUUGAGAUUCGAUCAUUUUAUUUGUGCUCAGUGUAAAAGCCAAUUUUUAAACUGCAAACAUGUGCCUUAAAGUAUAUUUUAACUUUCAAUCUAUUUAUUCUACCUCACUCCUAUUGCUAUGCUAUGCUUUUGAAAUCUUAAGGGAUUUUUAAAAAAAUAGAAAAUACAAAAGGUUUUGUAAAAUUACUGAAACUGUAAAUACUAUCAUUCGUUUUUAAAUCCUACUUUUGUAAAAUGUUAAUUGAAACAAGUAAAAAAAAUUUUUUUGAUACCUGUCUUGGCUGUAUUGUUAUUUUUUUACACAUGUGUAGGAUAUAUUCUGUACUGUUUGCACAAUUUCAAAAUAAAGUAUCUUUAAUAAUUGCAAA